AUGGAAGUACACGGUCAAAAGCAAAAAUAUUUGGUGGGUCCCUUUGAUGUUCCCGAUGAGUAUAAGUGUGAAGUUAGGUAUGACCUUGAUGCCGAUGUUGUCACUUGUAGCUGUAAAUUGUUUGAGUUUAUGGGUUUGUUAUGCAAGCACAUCCUGCGAGUCUUCCAUAAGACGGACCUCAAGGAGAUACCUUCCCAAUAUCUCCUAAAACGGUGGACCAUGGAUGCAAGGCAUUAUUUGUCGAGUCACAAAGAAGUAAGUGAUGGAGGAUUUGGAUCAGUAACAAGUAUGUGGGCUUUCCAAGAUGCUGUUAGGCGUUUGAUAGCCACAAUCAGUGGUUCACAAGAGGCAUGUGAUUCUGCUACGGUUGCGUUGGGGAUUGUGAAUCAAAAAAUCUUACAAGCAAUGGGUGAAUCCAACUCACAAACUUUUGGUGUUGACCCACAACCCUCUGCCAAUGCUACACAUGACCUCUAUCGUAAUCUCCAUAUUCCUAUGGAUGUGGUCGCAAAGGGUCAGCCUAAUGAAAGUCGUAGUAAACAUCCAAUGGAGAUGACAAGUGGAAGGAAGAAUAGAUGUGGCAACUGUAAGGAGUUAGGGCAUAACAAGUCCACUUGUAAGAAGGUAGUAUCAGCGUCGGCAAAUGAUUUCAACAGCCCGUACAAUGAAGAAUAG